GUUAGUCGCCAAGAAAGCAUUUUCCCUCCGAUCAGGUAAGAAGUUAAAAUGGAAAACUUUUGUUGGUUUUUCUGUUGGUUUUCAGUAUACUUAUAAAAAUUUCUUUUUUCUAGUGUCCCUUCCAAGAGUCCGAUAUGGAUGUCGUAGGGGACCAUUUUUCAGAGGAACCAAUGGAAAACCUACCAUUAGAAUGGGAUUGUUAUGCAGAUGAAAGUUAUGACAUCAAUUGCCACAAUGACAGCAUAGAUGAUCUCUACUGGGCUGAUACUAGCCAAAUCCGUCCCACCGCUACCCCAGACUUCCCUAUGGGAGAUACUGGGCAGAAUGGUAUCAUUGUUCAGGAUUUAUAUCAAGAUCAAAAUUCAUCGUCACUGCAAACAAUGACCUGGACACCAUUCCAAGAAAAAUUGCCAGUGCCAAGCAGAAUUAAUUCGGAUGAACAGUUGUCAUCAUCUUCCUCGUCAUCGACGGAUUACUUCAGCUGUUUUGAUUCUGAAUCCGACGAUGAGAAUCAAGUUGAAAGGCGCCAUUUUGAUGCAGAGUUUAAAGAUUUGAACCUGUGCUUAAAUAUCUCUGUUUCUCAUGGAAAUCAAGAUCCAAUGAUUUCCAUAACCACAAAAGCCGAAAAGAGGCCGACCGGCCAAAUAGCAGAUGCAUCAGAUAUCGAGCCAAUAGAAUCAUCUUCGUCCGUAGAUAUCUUAGAUAUACAGUCUAUGGUGAAUGAUCAGAACGACAAAAGCUUCAUGAGAUACCGUCUGCUUGAUAUGAAUGAUUUGGAUAUAGAGUUCUUACUGGAUGAAGAUGUCCCUACAAAAGAGCGUGAGGUCUUCGCGCCAUCUUGGUGCAAAAUCUUUACGCCUCUCAGCGAAGAAACAGACGAUCCAGUUGAAAACCACAGUGUCAGAAAUUUGGUCGAAGCGUAUGAGAACAAAUUCAAGGCACCAGAAGAUAAAAGCAAAGUCUCCCCAUUGAGGAAAGGAAACGAAGUUUCAAACAAGGUAAACUUAUCCACUGAAACUCAACUGAAAAUAAAGAUUGAAGAGAACUUCGAUACAAACACCAAGCAUACGGUUUCUGCAUGGACGACCAAGUUUGAGGAAGAUUUUACCGAGGAGAGUUUCCAUGUUAUCCGCAAGAUAAGCGAAAGCAUUAUCCGGGAGAGCUUUGAAGAACUUGAACUGGAAUCUUUGGGUGAUUUGAGAAUGUUGGAGUUCAACACCGGAGAAAAUCAAACAGCUGAUCGAACAACCAUAAUUAAGAAAUGUUUGAACAUCGAAGAAGAAAGGGUAAACAACAGCGGCGAUAUCCUCAAUUGUGAAGCUUCACCAGAGAAAAACAAAACAACUCUUGCCAUCCAGACACAACUGAUCUCUGAGGGUUGUGAACAGAUCACAAACAUAAUGUACACCCAAGAGCAGUUCGUUCUACCAUCUAAUGUCAUAAUGAAGACAAAGGAGACAUACAACGAACAAUGUUUGGAUCAAUAUGUGGAUCAAACUACUCCACAGCCAGUCUGUGGCAUUCCGUCAAUGGUGAGCGGGAGCGAGAGCAGUGACAAGGACCAAGAGUUGGAAUGGAGCCAGCAGGGCCAAAUAGUACCAGUAGCCAGCUUUUCUAAACAACCCCCAUGUGGAAAGAUGACGUGUUCAAUUGUCCUUCCAGAAGCCAGCACACUUGGGACUACCGAAAACAUGCACAACAUUUCUGAAGAUGCAAUUGCAAACAUUCUUGCCGAUUUUGUGGAAUUUAAUGACCCACGUCAAAGGAUUGCCUUCCAACCAGAGAAUAUAAAGGAAAGGGAUAAAAUACCAUGCCAAGAGGACAAAGGUGAAGACGUUCCUCACACUGGACAAGAUAGAGAGAUGGUCUGGGAUAAACUUGAAGAAAUUAAACUCCCACCAAGUAUCUGUUUGAAUAAGGGAGAACUUGGGUUUAGAAAUGAUCCUGUAACAGAAGACAAAUGUCUAUUAGAAAAACUGCAAUGGAGUGAACAUGGUCAACUUGUGCCCAUUAAGGAGACACUUUCUGUGGAAGAAGUCAUUUCCCCAGAGGAGGAAAAACUUCAGUGGAAUGAGCAAGGACAACUGGUGCCAGUGAACGAGGUCCUUUCUGAUUCUAAACUACAACAAGCCAACUAUCGUCUCUUUCCUUCCAAGGAAAGAAAAGGUGUACAGAAAACCUCAGUCAAACAUAGCUCUGACCUCGACAAAAACAAGCAAGAUAAAGUCCAAAGCAUCAUUGCAUCGUUUGAAAGAUCUAUGUGUGCUGCACAAAAAGAAAAUGGUCUCCAUAGUUUAAAUCAGAUGAAGAAAGAAAAGGCUAAAAUGCACACAAAAGAGAUUAAAUCAGGCCUGGUGACAGAGUACUCUCAGAAGUGCUGUGCAAAACUGACUCAAGAAAAGCCACAGCCACCCAGAGCAAAGCAUUCAAACAUCAAAAAUAUAUCUAGACUCCUCAAUAAAAUUGAGAAAAUUUGCAAUGGGAAAUCUGUGCAUGUUAAACAAGAAUACACAACUCAAGAAAGGUGGUACGGAAAGUCACCCUAUCCACUCUAUGAGUUUCCAAAGAGUUCUCUCGUGGCAAAGACAACCUCUCAAAUUCUACCUGUAACAUUUCCUUCUACUCAUGUCCCCAAGAUCACUGCUACCUAUGUUGCACGUGCAGGAGAGAAUGCUAAUAUUGAUAGAAAAGAACAGAAGAAAGAGUUCAAAAACUAUCUGGAAAGUCAUCAGUCCAAAUCAUCUGAUGGUGGAUGCAAGCAGAGUGGACUCAAGCUCAAGUACCAGUCUAAAGAAAACACAAUCAAUGUGGAAUAUUCUCAGGAAAAGACAGCAAAGGAGAACCUACCUCACACUGCUAGGCAAAAUCAAGAAGAGAUACACUCAGUUUCUGAAAGUCACAAUGCAGCAACUAUCUCAAAAUAUUCCAAAAUUGAAAUUGGAGAUGGAAGAACUGUGUAUUCUGAUGUGAAAAAUUGGUCCAAACAAACCAAAGUGCAAAAACUGUGUGAAGUCUUUGGAGGCACUGAUCCUAAAGUGCCCCAUAUAACUUAUCGAAUUACAAAAGAGGAUCCUAUUCAGACUCCUAAAACACAGCAACAGUUGGUCAGCUCUCAAAAAGAAAGCUCACAAUAUGCAACCAGUAGAUCUGAUGGCAAAUGUAAGAAGAGAUUUGAUCUAGAAAGAUACAUUAGGAAGAGAGGGGAAAAUAUGAUGACCAAAAAGAAUGACAAACAAGAUGUCAGUGAUGAGGCAUAUUAUCAUGUUGCCAAGAUGUUAACCAUUCGAGUCAUUGCUAAUGCCAAAUUGCAGCUUUCCAGGGAGUACAGUGAAAAAGAUUAUGCAAAAAGAACAACACAGAAAGAAAACCAUGAAGCUCAGCCCCAGACUGCCUCACCAAUGUCAACUCGCCAUGUGGUAAAGAAAUCUCAUGGAAGGUACUGCAAAAACGAGCAACAGGAAAAUCUUAAGAAGAAUCCCAAUAUCCAGCCACAGAAUCAGAGCAAUGAAACCACAAAGAAAGGCAAAUCUUCUAAAAGGACGAGAGCUGUUCAUAAGAAAAAACAACCUUCAAGUUCAACCACAAAAGAUCAGUCAAAUGAUGCAAAGGUGCUCAAGUCGCUGUCCCAGGACUCUGGAUGUAGACCAAGUGUAAGGAAGCAGGAGGUCAUUACACACAAGGGCCAGCAACCAGAUCAAAAGAAAAAGCAUGUUCAAUUUGAUAUCUGAAGAGACAUUGAGAAAUUAAUCAAAAACUGCAAAGGUUCAAAUCGUCUUAUAUAUACAUGUAAUAUCUGAUAUUUUGAUGCUAAAUUCUAAAAGAUAUACAAAUAAUAAAUCAUCUUGUAUUCUGAUAUGUUUAUUAAAAGAAAGAGCUGUCUCAUAUGAUCAUGUGAAAUAACAUUAAAAGGCAGUGUAACCUAAACCACUGUUGUCAUUUAUAAAAUACAGUAUUCAUAAAAUCAGGAAGAAAAUAUACAGAUUGCAAUUGUAAAACAUCACUUUUUCUAAUAUAUGGCGUUAGUACUUUUCAUUUCAAAGAAGAAAUUUAAUAUAAAUGUACAUUGUUAUUUUGGCACUAGAUUUGUGGACUAUUUUGCCUGCAUGCACAAGGCUUUCUCUUCCUAUAUCAACUUCCUGCCUUUGACUUUUUAUCUCUUCUCUUCUUCUUUUUUAUUCAUAAUUCAUAUUUUGUAUAUUUCUUAUAAAAAAAACCCAUUAUAUCAGAUGCCUUGAUCAAAAGCUUAUUUGUGUUUUAUACAAAACCGGCGAACAUUUUAUCUUGGCAAUGCAGCUGCUGGCAUCAAUUCAAAAUGCUUUUUUAGUUUAAAUCUUUUAAUUUCCAUUCAUAAAACAAACAAGCGUAAUACUUGUUUGUUAUAAUUUGUUAAGAAUAGACAAUUUUAAAGAAAAUUUUUAAAUUUGAUAGGAAAUAGACAUAUGUGUUAACCAUUAAUCAAUUUACAUAUCACAUAUAUAUAUCACAGACAUACAAAAUAAGGCCAUGACCGGCAGUGACCUUCAUAAAUAUCAACAUUUUGAUCACAUAAAGUGACCUUAUAUCAAUCUGACAUUAAUACAAAAGCAUAUGUUCAUAAAAGGUUGACAUAGUUUAAUGACAAGAACAUCAAACAGAUUGAGAAGACAGAAAAAUUACUGGUGAACGAAUUAACCAUUAAAAAAAACAAAUAAAUAAAAUUUUAUUAUAGCAAAGAAAACAUAUUUAGAAAUAGACUAUAAAAAUUGACACCCACAAAUUUUAAUGAUUCCAUAGUAAAAAAUUUGCUAUAAAUUUCUCUCAUUCUGUUCAUAAAAUAUCUUGCAACUUACUUCUGCAUGAUAUGUUAUGCAAAAUAAAGAGCACAAAUACUAGAUAUAUACAUGUACUAGUUUACAGAAUCUGUUUUG